AUGAAGUUGCUGGUUCCUAGCCUCCUCUGCGGGCUGGCUGCUGCCCUCCCAACCAACAACAACAACAACAACAACAACAAGACAGCCGACUAUGAGUUUGUCAUCAUUGGCUCAGGCCCAGGUGGUGGCACUCUGGCUGCAAACCUGGCUCGCGCUGGUCAUUCCGUCUUCCUGAUUGAGGCUGGAGAUGACAAAGGUGACACGUUGUUGCAGCGUCUUCCAUCAUUCGCGGAUAAUGUUUCAGAGGACCCCAGCAUGUCUUGGUCGUUCUACGUGAACCAUUACCAGAACGAGACGCAAGCACGCCGUGACUCCAAGUAUACCUAUCGGCUUUCAAACGGGACGCUGUGGUAUGGACUUGAUCCACCGGAGGGUGCAGAGCCCCUUGGAAUUCUCUACCCCAGAGGUGCCACCGUCGGCGGCUCUGCUCAACUUAACGCCAUGAACUUUGCCCUACCGCCUGAGAGCGACUGGAACUACAUCGCUGAACUCACUGGAGACAAGUCCUGGAGCUCUGACAACAUGAGGCGUCUCUUUGUCGAGCUGGAGGACUGCACUUAUGCUCCUGAGGGUACCCCUGGCCACGGCUUUGAUGGUUUCAUUGGCAGCAACCGAAACAACAUCUCCUACAUCACUGAGCGUCCUGGCGUUGUCGAGGUCUUGACCCAUGCAUUCCGCCUGACCGAGGAUAUUGAAGUCGAAGAUGCGGAAGAGAUCGGAACUCUUAUGCAGAGGGACAUUAACGGCAUUGGGCCUGGUCGAUAUACUCCUGGUCUCUACCAGCUUCCUCUCCACAUUGAUGCUUUGAGGCAGCGCACUGGAUCUUGGAGAUACCUCCAUGAGACCCUUAUCGCAAAGAACAAAGAUGGAUCUCCCAAGUAUCCUCUGACUCUCAGCACGCAGUCUCUUGCGACUCGCGUCCUGUUUAAGGAUGGCAAGGACGGAAAGCCAAGAGCCUACGGCGUCGAGUACCUUAAGGGCGAGGGCUUGUACUCGGCUGACAAGCGGUACGAUGAGUCCGAGUCGGGUCAGUUGAUGAACGUCACUGCUUCUCGGGAAGUCAUUGUUGCUGGAGGCACGUUCAACACGCCCCAGAUUCUCAAGCUCAGCGGUGUUGGACCUCGUGAGGAGCUUGAGAGCCACGAUAUCGAUGUCGUGGUGGACCUUCCUGCUGUGGGCAACUAUCUCCAGGAUAACUACGAGGGUGGUGUUACUGUCGAGGCAUCUAUCCCCUGGGAGAACAACCCCUUUGCUCAAUGCGACUUUUCCCUCGAGGCCGACGAUGUUUGUCUGCAGGAGUGGAACCAGUCCCACACCGGACCCUAUGGCGAAGGCGCAGCACCCCUUGGUCUUCUUUACAAGUCCAGCGUCAGUGAGACCGACGAGUCGGAUCUGUUCCUCUUCGGAGCUGCCGGCGUCGUAUUCCGCGGUUACUUCCCCGGAUACUCCACGUACCAGGCCCCUCCCACCUCGUGGUUCUGGUCCGUCGUCAAGAUGCAGACUGGCAACCAGGCUGGAACCAUCACACUUCGCUCGGCGGAUCCCAGAGAAGCCCCGGAGAUCAACUUCAACUUCUUUUCUCAGAAGGGCGACCGUGAUCUCCAGGCUAUUCAGGAGGCUGUCGAGCACACCAUGCAAAUCUUUAACGCGACCGGAGAGCCUUAUGCCCCGUUUACGGUCAUCGAGCCUCCUCCCAGUGUUGACGUCCGCCAGGGAAUCAUGGACGAAGCUUUUAGCCAUCACGCUACCUCUACUUGCCGCAUGGGUCCUGCUGGCGACAAGGAUUACUGUGUUGACUCCAACUUCAAGGUCAAUGGAGUUGACGGGCUCCGUGUCGUUGACGCGUCCAUCUUCCCUCGCACUCCGGGUGGAUUCCCUGUUGCUCCCACGUUUGUGAUUAGCCAGAAGGCUUUCGAGGUCAUUCUCAAGUCCAUCAAGAACUAA